UUUUGACGUUUACAAUAUAACCUUAAAAAAUUUAAAACGUUUAUUGGGCUUUUUGAUGGUAUUUAACUAUGAAAAAUAUGAGAUUUGUACGUGAAAUAUCUACAUAAGCAUUGUUAACACAAUAACACUCAAAAUGCGACAUAAAAUUUGUAUGGUUUCUGACUUUUUCUUUCCCAACAUGGGCGGUGUGGAAGAACACAUCUACAAUUUAUCGCAAUGUUUACUAUUAAAAGGCCACAAAGUUAUAAUAAUGACACACAGCUAUGGAGACAGAAUUGGUGUAAGAUACAUGACAAACGGGUUAAAAGUUUACUAUUUACCCAUAAAAAUAUUCUACAACCAAUGCGUUCUACCCACGAUGAUAAGCAACAUCCCUCUUAUCAGAUAUAUUUUCAUACGAGAACAGAUAGAGGUUAUACAUGGACAUUCAGCUUUUUCCGCUCUUGCUCAUGAGGCAAUGUUAAUUGGGAAUUUAAUGGGGUUAAAGACUGUUUUCACUGAUCACAGUCUCUUUGGCUUUGCUGAUGCCAGUGCCGUUAUCACAAAUAUAUUUCUACGUAUUUCACUGGCUGGCUGCAAUCAUUGCAUUUGCGUGUCGCACACGGGGAAAGAAAACACCGUUUUGAGAGCCAGUGUGCCAAAUAAGCAAGUUUCUGUGAUUCCGAAUGCUGUAGAUACGUUUUCGUUUACACCAGAUCCAAGUUGUCGUGAUAAAUCUAAAAUUACUGUUGUUGUUGUUUCAAGACUUGUGUAUAGAAAAGGUGUCGAUUUGACUGCUCAAAUUAUUGGGGAGCUUUGUAAAAAGUAUCCAGAUUUACAGUUUUUAAUUGCUGGGGAUGGGCCAAAGAGAUGGUUGCUUGAAGAAGUAAGAGAAAAAGAAGGCCUUCAAGAUAGAGUAACACUUUUAGGCAGUUUGGAACAUUCCAAAGUAAGAGAUGUUCUAGUUAAAGGCGAUAUUUUUUUAAAUACGUCUCUUACUGAAGCAUAUUGUAUGGCAAUAGUGGAAGCUGUGUCUUGUGGCUUACAAGUGGUCUCAACCAAGGUAGGUGGAAUACCAGAAGUAUUACCUGAUGAUUUAAUUUAUUUGACUGAACCGACUGUACCUGCUUUAAUGGAAGGAUUGAAUACAGCCAUUAAAGAUUUGAAAGAAGACAAUGUGGUGUGUCCUUAUGAAUGCAAUAAACGCGUUAGGAAAUAUUACAAUUGGGAAAAUAUAUCGGAAAGGACUGAAACUGUUUACCAAAGAAUUUUUCACGAGAGGCGGAAAAGUCUUAAGAAACAGCUACAAAGUUACCUAUCCAGUGGUGUCUGGCCAUUUUUGUUGGUUGUUAGUCUAGCAUACGCAAUUUUAAAUAUUUAUGAAUUUGUCGUGCCCAGAAAAAACAUUGAUAUUGCCAAAGAUUAUAAUAGCAAAAGAAUUAAAACAACCUAAAUAAUGCAAAUAAUGUAUUAAUUAACUCGUUCAUAAUAAAUAUACAUCUGUGUUUCAAUAAUAUUAAAAUAAAUAUUCAUUCUUAAUUAAGCAACAAAAAAUAAAUUAUACCAAAAAUAUAAAAUCAUUGUACUAUCAUUAUAAUCUUUAAACAAAUUGUUAUUGAUGUAAUAUAAUAAACUAUUUUUCGUUAAAUUUUCUUUUAUACACAAUUUGUAGAAAUGCAUGGGUAAACCAGAGCGCAACUAAAAAAUUACACAAUCAUCCCGCAAUGGUUUACUGCAUGCCGUUUCUAAAAAGCAGCUAGAAUUUUCUAAUCUAGAUUUUUUUGUAAAAAAUUAGGCCUGACAGUUUGAUUAGGUACAAUAUUGCUUAGGUUUACUUUGGAAUGUUUCCGGGGAAUUACCCACUUACAACAAACAAUUUUGAUAUUUGUGGUUUCACUUUUUGGUCCACCUGUUCCCUUCAAACCUAAGCGUUAGUUUUCUUUCUCAUCAAAGUUUUAGUUUUGUUCUCUAAUCUAGAAGGAGAAAAGUCUUUCUACGAGUUGCAGUAUCUCUAAGAGCGUUAAAACUAGGUAGAAGAUCACUAAACAAGACACGAGGGGGUUUAUUAUUGUGUGCUAAGUCUCCUGCUGCGAUUCCUGCGACGUGCAGUUCCAGGACAAUCGUUUGUGGAUAGAGGCGUCUCUAUUGUCAUUUUUCUAAAACAACGACAAAACAUUCAGUUGCUGGAAAAUCGGGGGAAGUCAGGCAAAAG